AUGGCGCAGGAUCUAAUGUGCCAAAGCGCGAUCGAGGCUACACCGGAUGUGGCAAUAAUAUCCGAACCGUACAGGCAGCUACCUUACUGGUAUAAUGAUAAUAAGGGUGAUGCUUCGAUUUGGGUCACGCAAUUCAAUGGUCGAGCACCGGAUGAAACGCUUCUGUACAGGAAGGACAGACUAAUGGAUACUGGUGUAGGUGAUAUCCUCUGUUUCAGUGGUUAUUGCACCCCCAAAAUCAAGAUAGAGGAAUACAUGAUGUACAUAAAUAAGCUUGCAUCGGAGAUAAGGAAUGGUGUAAACAGAAACAAGAAAUUGAUUGUGGCUGGCGACUUUAACGCUAAGUCCACUUGCUGGGGAGGAGAAACCACAGAUGAGAAAGAAUUUUCAUGGAAACCCUGUGCGAUUACAGUGCGUUCCCUAUAA